UUAAUAUUAAACUACCCACCACCCACAACUGGAAAAGGUAGCAGAGGUAGGACCACAGCCAAGUCCAGCUCCAAAGCACCUCCAUCCCACAGUCGUCCAUCAUGGGAUCACGAUGAUGAUGAUGACCUUGCCGGCGGCUGGUCACUGCAUCAAUCUUCUGGAGGAAGUCAGUACAUUGGCAGGCGUUCCAAACGCCAGUCGCGCGGUGGUCAGUACAUCGAUUUGGGCGGAUCUGGCUUAGGCGGAGGAGGAGGAUCUGGCAUAACCACAAUCGAUGCCAGAGGCUAUCCCGGCGGAACCCUGGUGCGCAACAGCGAUUGCGUCGGUUGUAAUAUUCGUGGAUGAAAUCAAUAAAUUAUUAACAUCCAAAUUAUAUACAUCCAUAUAUUAGAUAUAUUAGAAAGGAGGACUCUAUGCUAUUUUAUUACAACUGGAAAAGGCAUUUUACAUUCUAGGGUUUAUUUAAUUACAAUUCUCUAUUUGCCACCGCGAACAUUGCAGUGUACACAAUCGCCAUUGAUGAUAACAUUUCCUGGAUCGGGUGACAGCGGAACAGCUUCAAAAAAGAUGAUUGUUUAUUCACAGGAUCAACUAAUUCAUCUUUGAGAUUCUACCCACCUUUGGCUAGAGACAGGACACCAAGCACAAGGACGGUGAUGACUGUAAAGAAUCUCAUAUUGAUUAUCAAUAAAUAGAUCCGGGUUUUAUAAGCUGCACACCGGACCAACGAACAUCUAUAACUGAUGCUCUCGAUCUACGGAACCAGAUCUUAUAUAGUCGAUAGUAAAAUCGGAGUGACUCAAGUGCAGUAGGAAAUGAGAGCAUUGAUUGAGAGACUAUAAUGAAAGCUAUUAAUUAUGCACAUUAGGAAUAACAUUUUUAACAGCUUAUCGGAGUCCUGUUCCAUAUUUUUUCUAAGAAAUUUAAAUACAUUAGUUGGUAGCUACGCACAAAUAAAACUUGUCUUGUUUUCCUUUCUA